AUGAACUCGUAUGACUACACAUUACCAAUACUGGUAAUCUUCAACUCUUUGGUUCUUUUCACAUAUCCACUACAUGUGAUUUUCGUCAUAUCACUAUUCCGUAAUCGAGGUUCAAAUGCUCUUGGGACUCCUUUCCAUCAUCUACUCUUAGGCGUGGGGAUAUCAGACUUGAUCAGUGCUACUGGUUAUUUGCUGUUUCAAGAGCCAGCAUGGCUUGGAUUAGCGCCAAGAUUCUAUUUGGAGAACGCUUGGUGGAUAGCUAAGAUUGUAAAUAUUUGUGGUAUAGCCGUAUCGAAUGUACCUCUCUAUCUUCACUUUUUCUUGGCAAUCAAUCGUUUCACAGCUAUUCGCUUGCCUGCACGACAUUAUUCGCUUUGGAAGCAUCCAACUGCCUAUCGGAUAACGUGUACAGUAUGGAUUAUAACAAUUCUUGUUUCAAUUCCAAUCGUGUAUCCUAUUGAGUUCCAAGGAUAUCAAAUGGAUAAUGGUCGAGUGAAAAGUGUCGCAUUUCACUUUGUUCAUCCUUUUCCUACACAAAUGUAUACACUUUAUGUUAUGUGUUUGAGUGUUUUCAUACUUCCAACCAUUAUCCUCUACGUCUACCUCCUCAGCUACAGCUGGUUCCAAAAGUUCGUCUCAAAUUCCAAACGUCACGUCCAAGCGAUUGCCAUUAAAAGUACUAUAGCCGCAUUCUUUACGAGUAUAGGUGACGUCAUACUCCUUGUAGUCCUUGGAUCUCAACAAGUAUAUUGGACUUUGUAUCAGGAAGAUCUAAUGGAUCCACCAACAUAUUGGUUGGCUUAUAAAGUAGGCAGAGAUCUGCACAACAUUGCUACACCAUGGGCUAUGUUACUUCUAUUCAAACGACUACGACGUUCCAUCAUCAAAGGAACUUCAUCGCGGAAUUCAAAUACUCCAAACGUUAACUUUGUCCCCAGUCGUGAAUUGAACGUUAGGGACCGAAAAAGCCUAGAGCAGAACUGA